UAUGUAUUGGUACUAUGAACUUACCAUCCUAUCCUAUAAUUUUUAUUUCAUUGCUAUUGAUAUUGAUGGGUUUUGCAUAUUGCAAAUUGAAAGUUGAAGCUAUGUGAAACUUUGACCUUGUCUUAGCAGGAAUUGACAUGUUUACAAUAUCCCUUCUGUGAUUGGUUGAUGUUGUUUAUUCUGUUUUGGCACUACCCUCUUUUGUGGGUUUGGAUAAUUUAACUAUUUGACCAAUGCUAAAUGUGGUGAGUGUGCUAAAUUUUCAGUUGAUGUUUUAAGAUUCUGAUAAGACAAUAUCUUCCAUUGGGGAUAAUAUUUAGAUUGUGGUUCAACCUAAUCUUUUUAUCAGUUUAGAUAACUAUUCAAUGAAUGCAACAAUCAGAGAUCAGUGUAUCAUCCAUUUUUCAAAUGGAUAUAAAUAUCACCCCACAUUGAUUAGAUGAUUAUCAAACACAAGCAAACAUGCCCACCUACAAUCACAUGGUUUUGCUUCCCAUGUAACCUUACAUUGUGGGGUCUCCAUGAAAGGGCUUGUGUUUCUCCUUUGAAUAUAUAUAGUGAAGUCAUUUCUUCUUACUACCCAUCACAAGCUUAGUGUUUAUCAUUCUAAAGCACAAAGCUAUCCUCUAUUUUCUCACAUAAAUAUUUCCUUUCAGUUUAUAAAGCAACAAGAUGAUCAUCAGCACCAAGAAACUCCUCAAAUUGGCAAGGACAUGGCAGAAUCGGGCUGCGAGCAAGCGAAAGAGAAUUGCAUUGCCACAAACUGAUGGAGAUGCAGACACUAGCAGUUGUAGCACAUCAUUAGUGGCUGAGAAAGGCCAUUUUGUUGUGUACUCAGCUGAUAAAAAACGUUUUCUUCUUCCUUUGGAUUAUCUUAACAAUGAAAUGAUCAAAGAGCUAUUCGACAUGGCAGAAGAAGAGUUUGGAUUACAAAGCCAAGGGCCACUCACACUACCAUGUGACAAAGAACUUAUGGAAUAUGCAAUUGCUUUGAUAAAAAAUAAGGUUACUAGAGAUGUAGAGAAAGCUUUCUUGAUGUCCAUAUCUAGCCAUUGUUCUUCAUCAUCUUUCUGUCUCCAAGAUCAAGUACCAGGCAAUCAAUUACCAAUUUGUAGUUUUUGAUAUAAAUAUACAUUUAUACAAUUUAUCAGAAAUCCCAAUGUUAAUUUUGUAA